UAAAACCUGAGUAGCUUAACAAAGAAAAUGCGUUAGGGAGCGACAGAAACACUGGAGCUGCUUAACAAAGCCAAAAUUUCAUGGGUGUUCUUUCUCUCUCUAAAAUUCCUCCAAUCGUGGCUUUAGAUUACAGGGAAAGAUAGGAUUUAGAUACAAUCAGUUUAUCAGUCGAUAUAUAUAGGCAGAUUCACAGCGCAUAAUUAUGAAUUUGAAGGGCGAGAAGAUGGAGAUGGAAGGGGAAGUUGUGGGGUCGUGUUGUUCAGAGAAGAGGAAGAACGAGAGACCUUAUAAAGGAAUCAGGAUGAGGAAGUGGGGUAAAUGGGUGGCCGAAAUCAGGGAGCCGAACAAGCGGUCCAGGAUAUGGUUAGGAUCCUAUUCGACGCCGGUAGCGGCGGCGAGAGCCUACGACACCGCCGUCUACUACCUCCGCGGGCCGUCGGCGCGGUUGAACUUCCCGGAGCUGCUGGUUAGCGACGGCGCCGGACUCAGCGACUUGUCCGCCGCUUCGAUUCGGAAGAGAGCGGUCGAAGUCGGCGCCAGAGUGGACGCAAUCCAAACCUCCCUCGGCGGCCACGACCACCGCCCCUACAAGCAGCGCGACGGCGAGCGUGAAAGCCCUUGCGCGACUCGACUGAAGCCGUGUUGGUUUCAGGAGAAGCCCGACUUGAACGAGAAACCCGAACCCGAAGACCCGGAUAGCGGAGAUUACUGGUGACUGGUGAGCAAUAAAUAAAUAAAUAACAAAAAAAAAAUAAAAAUUAAUUGUACUUUUGUUAGGUUGCGCUGGUAAACAAGCGCCCAGUAGUUUCUUCUUUCAUCUGGUAAAUUAAACUAGCUAGCCAAGCUACCUUGUUUUAUCUUCUUCAUUUUAUAAAUAUUAUUUACCCUAGUUUUUUACUGUUAUAA